AUGUCGCGCUCACUUGAACCGACGCUACUCUCGUUACUCCCGUCCCUCAACUCGGCUUCCUCGCUCCCCCCAAGUCUCGUAGAGCUUGCUUCGAGUCUCCUCGCCCAGUCGCGACACAAUGCAAGCACACUCAAGGCCGAGGAAGAGGUUGCGCGACUCUACGCUUGCGCCCACAUUGCCUGCGAGCGAUUGAAGACGACAUUGGACCUCCCUCCCAUUCAAGCGCGUCCUCCUGUCCCCCCGCGAGUAUACAAGCGCCUCUAUACACAUCUAGAUCGUAUCCUGCCCACUAGCUCUCCAACCAAGAGGACUAGGACACCGAGUGGGAAAGCAAGAGAGGCUGGCCUAGCCUUUGGCAGUGAACAGAGAACACGAGAAAGAGCUACUCCAGGAAAGGAAGCCGCGCUGGCAGCAUUUCGACCAAAAAGCAAUGGAACACCCACAAAAUCUACAGGCAAGGCAGUGGUACCGUCAACGGGUCGCAAAGCCCGUGAUGUCCUGCCGUCCUGGAUGAGGCCCACCGCCCAAUAUCUUUGCACCCAUCUCGACUCGGAACACAUAGGCCGGACCGUCCUAGCCGGACUACAAAGCAUUAUUACACCCCACGGCAAGAGAAGCAAGGAUGAAUGGAUCAACGACCAUCUAGCGGCUCUGUUUGCAGGAGUUUUUUUUCUCGUGACAACGCGAUACAUGGCUAUGGAAACGAAGCGCCCUAUUAGCAGCACACAAUAUGGCAAUUUGCGCAGAGAUAUAGUCAAGGUAUUUCGGCAAGCCCGCGAAGAAGUGAAGAGAAAUGAUGAAGAUGAAGAGGUUUUCUGGGAAGGCUGGUCAAAGAUUGGCGCCAAGGAUGUCGACGAUGCCGCCAAAGUCUUUGCUGAGAGAGGGUGGCAAGAUGGAGAAUGGUUUGCUGGUAUUCAAGGAAAAGGCGAUUCACAAGUGGAUGCCGAGAUGGAAGAUGCUCAGGACCAUGGCGGUGGCGAGAAAGCUCAAGUACAGCACGGUGACUCCAUGUUGUUGGGUCGCUGGACCAUGACCGAUCAGAAGCGACGAGAUUACGCUGACUGGAAGGCAGAUAUACUUGACCAAUGCCUUGAGAUUGAAAAGGCAGGGCAGGCUAUGGAUGUGGAUGUCUCUGCUUGA